GACCGGUUAAAUUGUUCUGUUCAUCGAAUCUCUAUGAGCUUGUGAAAGUUGAAGAAAAUCUGCCAAAAAAUAAAGAGUCGUACUACCACACGGGAAAGCAGAGUAAAACUGGUACAUCGAUAUCUUUCCUCCGGACAGGAGGCGAACGGGUAGAUAGUGUGAAAUACUGGCCUGGCAACUAUAGCAGGGAACUCUAGUGGGUUGCGCAAACACUGUACUUCUCCAGGAGAUGGAGGAAAAGGUACUGUUCGAGAGCAAGCACUGUCUAGCAUUAAAAUGUGUUCUAUUUCUAUUCUAUGGAGGCCUGGGGUGCAUUUACCCCUUCCUCCAGUCGAACAUGACUGAAAAGGGGUUCGAUUUCAAUGAAAUCUACUCAAUAUCGGUGAUCAUACCGAUAGCGGCCCUAUUCGGGCCUCUGAUAUUCGCCCUACUAGUAGACAAAUGGGCAAUCACAAAUGCCUUCGCCUACGGUAAACGAGUACGGAUUUUGACUGCUCUCAGCUUGAUAGCAUCUAUUAUCCUGUACGUGAUACUGAUGUUUGGAGUGAACCGAACGCCUCCACCAGAAGUAUGUCACCCGCAUGUGAACUUCAUGUGCAACAGAAAAGGAGCCUUCAUUGUACAGGAAAAGUGUAGUGCCGAGGGAAUUUGUCACGAUUGGGACUACAAUAAGGCCGGUCUGCUGAACCUCCAUCAGUGCAGCUAUAGUUGCCAACACGAGAAACGCGAGAAACAGUUCGAAAGUAACUGCUAUGAACGGCAGGAGCAAAAGCUACGUUUAGCUGCGCUUCAGGACAAUGACAGCGAGGAUGACGUUGUAGAUGAGUCAGAUGGCAGCACCGCAGCAGAUGGCAAUACCGGAGGAACCCCAACGAGUAACGAUCUUGACGGAGACGGUAUUCCCAAUGAUCAAGAUCCGGAUGACGACAAUGAUGGUAUUUUGGACUCACAAGAUGAUGAUGAUGACAACGAUGGGAUUCCCGAUGCAGAGGAUCUAGACGAUGACAAUGAUGGAAUCCCGGAUAGUGUGGAUCCAGAUUCGAAGAUGACGGCUAAUGAUCUGGAUGGAGAUGGGAUUCCCAAUGACCAAGAUGAUGACGACGACAAUGAUGGUAUUCCGGACGCGCAAGACGACGAUGACGACAAUGACGGUAUUCCAGAUGUUCAAGAUAAUGAUGACGACAAUGAUGGUAUUCCAGACAGUAUGGAUUCCGAUGCUAAAUCUAAAGGAAAUGACUUAGAUGGUGAUGGAAUUCCAAAUGAUCGAGAUGAUGAUGAUGAUAACGAUGGAAUUCCGGACAACCUGGAUCCCGACGAUGAUAACGAUGGCAUUCCAGAUCAUUUGGAUAGCGACGAUGAUAAUGACGGUAUCCCGGAUAGCAGAGAUAAAGAUGCCGUAUCCAAACAUAACGAUUUGGAUGGUGACGGUAUUCCUAACGAAGAAGAUGAUGAUGAUGACAACGACGGAAUUCCAGAUAAGGAUGACGAUGAUGAUGAUAACGAUGGUAUUCCGGAUACUGAAGAUAUAGAUGAUGAUAAUGAUGGUAUUCCAGAUGAUCAGGAAGGGAAACCUUUGACCAACGAUCUGGACGGAGACGGUAUACCCAAUGACCAAGACGAUGACAGUGACAACGAUGGAAUACCGGACUCGGAGGACGAUGAUGAUGACAAUGAUGGUAUUCCUGAUGCUAAAGAUGUAGAUGACGAUAAUGAUGGUAUCCCUGAUGCAUUAGACGAGGGAUCCAGUAAUGCUAAUGAUCUAGAUGGCGAUGGAAUUCCGAAUGAUCUCGAUGAUGACGAUGACAACGAUGGUAUUCCGGACAUACUAGAUACUGACGAUGACAAUGAUGGUAUUCCAGAUAAUCUGGAUAACGACGAUGACAAUGAUGGUAUCCCGGAUAGUAGAGAUAAAGAUGCCGCAGCAAAACCUAAUGAUUUGGACGGUGACGGUAUUCCUAAUGAAGAAGAUGAUGAUGAUGACAAUGACGGGAUUCCAGAUAAGGAAGACGAUGAUGACGACAACGAUGGUAUUCCCGAUUCCGAAGAUAUUGAUGAUGAUAAUGAUGGUAUUCCAGAUAAUCUGGAAGGGAAACCUCAGACCAAUGAUCUUGAUGGAGACGGUAUACCCAAUGACCAAGAUGAAGAUAUCGACAACGAUGGAAUACCAAACUCGGAGGACGAUGAUAACGACAAUGAUGGUAUUCCAGAUGCUGUGGAUGUAGACGAUGAUAACGAUGGUAUCCCAGAUGUACUGGACGACGGAUCGCGUCUGGCCAAUGAUCUAGAUGGUGACGGAAUUCCAAACGAUCUCGAUGACGACGAUGACAACGAUGGAAUACCAGAUGCACUCGAUAAUGAUGAUGAUAACGACGGCAUCCCGGAUAGUAUAGACAGUGACGAUGACAACGAUGGAAUUUCUGACACCCAAGAAAAUAUUGUAAUGGAAUUUUCUGCACCUAAAAUUUGCCACGAUCCAGCCGCUGUAAAUUCCGAGGAAGAUGACGACGAUGAUGAUGAUGAUGUAAAGUGCUACACGUUUACUGGAGACACGAUCGAGAUUAGAGCAUCAAUAGAUGAACACAACGAACGUGACGAUAUCGAGGAAUGCAUUUAUCCUCUAGAUGGAUUCAAAUGUCAUGUUGACAAAGCUUGGAUGAAAUCCCAAGAACAAGGAUGCAAACCAGUUAUUGAAUGUUUACUCCGUCAUCCUUACGACGAUAACAGUAGCUUAUUGUUUGGAACGAGCUGCGAUGGAGAUGAAGACAAUGACGGAGACGAUGACCGCGGAGAUUCGACGUACUUCUACUACAUUUCUAUCCGAUCCUUGCUCGAUUUCUGCCUACUGGCAGCACUUGCCCUGUUCAAUACAAUCAUUGUCAUUGCCGUCCGCGAUCCUUCUAGUGGAGUUGGUGAUUUUGGUCGACAACUAGUUUGGGGUGCCAUAGGCUGGAUUGUUUUCUUCAACGAUGAUUUCGAACAACCCUACUUCCUGUUCAUUCUACUGAAUACAAUUGCGGCCGUCAUUCUGCUCAGCCCACUCAAAAUGGAUAUCUCUCCACCGGAAGAGUGGUGGAAGUUCAAAACAAUUCCGCAGAAUUUCUUCUCGGCUGCCCUGGUCCUCAAGUAUGCUAAGAAAUGCUGGCUACCUUUCCUGGUGGCGCUUGUUUUAGGAUCACUCUGGAGUAUAAUUGAUUCAAUCGAUGAAUCACACAUGAUCGACAUACCAGCCAAUGAAGCUGAUGAGUCCAGAAAACUCUCUGGAUUGAAUAAUGUCUGGAAGACACUGCUACUGAUCGGCGAUCUACUCGCCGUUCCAGCACUAGUAUACUCAAAACGAAUCAUCGAGGUUUUCGGAACAUGGAAGAUUCUUGUAGCGGCUUUCCUUUCAUUAUUAGUACGUUACAUAUUGCUAGCUAUUUUCCGGUGGGAAUUCUGGGAUAUCAUCGAAGACCUGCUUCUACCUACAACCUUGGGAAUAACCUGGGUCACACUAGUUCUACAUUUCCGUGAUAAUUUACCUCGAAAGGUUACUGCACUAGCUCAGGCUCUGCCGAUCAUUGCACACUUCGGAUUCGGUCGAUUCUUCGGAGCUCUGAUUGGUAUCGAGUACGAUUACGACCAGCUGGAGAACGAUUACGAAGUUAUCGCCGGGGUGCUGUUUAUGGUUACCAUCGUUAGCAUCGUGGCGUAUCGCUACCGGGAGAUAUUACUGAACUAUCUUGGCCAGUACAUUCCGGCACUGAAGCCAGACGAAAACAAAAAGGUCACGACGAAUGGAAAAGGAGAAACUGACGUAUGAAACGAUGUUGUUGGACGAUUUGAAGUUCUGCAUUUCCAGCAAAGAUAAUGGUUUCCUCGGAAAUAAAACGGAACACCAAAAAUUAAAAUAUGCAAAAAUAUUGUUUUUGAGAUUAUCUACAUUUACAAACUCAGUUAUUUUAACUCAAGACAAUGUAUCACUUCAAUAAAGACUUGUUGAUUGGCGUUUAAUAAA